AUGGCAAUGGAUGCUUCCGACGUGGCCAUUUCACUUGUGAUCUGCAGUUCGCUACAUGUGCUCUCUGUGGAAAAAUUUCUCUCUUCUGGAAAACACGCUCGAAUCAAAAAGGCUAUUAAUCAUCUCCAGAACAUCUUAAACACCUCGAGAUUACUGGAAUCCAGCACCAAUGAUGGCCAGCAAAGCUGUGACUGCAGACCUCGCCUCCUGGAUCAAGCUCGACAUGCUGUGGACAUGGCUGAUAAGUUACUUCUGGAAGCAUCGCGACACUUGAAGUCCCGCAAGGGCCCCCUUGCAAAAAUUCGCACAUUAGUCCACUUCAUGUCGCCCAGGAUAUGCAUAAUGGCCCUCGAUUUUGUCACCACUGUCGAGGAUUUGUCCACUCACCCGUCCCAAAUGCAAGAUCUGUCUCAAGAUCCGCUUAAUCUUGAUAAAACUGCUGCAUUGAGGAAUGUGCAUCGAGGAAGUGUACGUUGGGAUAGGAAGGUCGAGUCAGACAUUGUGGGACGUGAAGAUGAAGUGAACAAGCUCCUGGCUCAGUUGAUCGGGAAAGAUGGCUACUCCGAUGUAUUAAGUCUUCGCGUCAUUUCAGUGGUGGGAGAAGAAGCCAUCGGCAAGACGGCUCUUGUGAGGAGUGUUUACAAUAGACUUGAGAUAGAUCAUAGCUUCCAGUGUCGCAUCUGGGUUCAUGUUCCCGAAGAAUUCACCAUGAAAGAUCUCUUGGUGGAAAUAAUGGAGCAAAUAGCCGUGCAAGAACUGAAGGAUCUAGUGCACUAUGGAGAAGAAAAAAUAAAAGAGAUCAUUUACAAGUCCUUGGUAGAAUUGAGGUAUCUCAUCGUGUUUGACAAUUUGCGUGAGGUCAAGGACAUGGACGAGUUCAUGAUUUUCCUCGCAGACUCGAAAAGAGGAAGCAGAGUCAUCGUCACUACUAGGAUUCCUGAAAUCCCAUCACUGAUAGACCCUUGGGCUUAUCCUGUCAAACUGAACGAAUUAGCCGAUGGGGGAGCGCGCUUGUUGAGGGAAUGCAGCUCCAUUGCCGACAAUCCAAGGCUCAAAGCGAGGAUUCUGAGCAAGUGCAGUGGCUCUCCUCUGAGGAUUUUGCUGCUUGGAGGACUUGUGGCGGCGAGUGGUGAUUCUUCUGCUGCUAUGGUGGAUCAGCUUGCUGAUAAUCCCACGCUCCGUGCUAUCGUGUCCUUGAGCUACCACAAAUUGCCUUCCCUGCUCAAGCCCUGUUUGCUUUACUUGUGCCUCUUUCCCAAAGAGUCGGCGAUCUCAAUAAGGAGGCUCUUCCGGCUAUGGCAUGCCGAAGGGUGGGUCCAAGCAUCCCCGUUCACUGCUGAGGAGUGCUUCGAAGAAUUGGCCGGUCGAAACUUGGUUCAAGUGGUGAGGCAUAGGAAGGUCGGCGGAAGGCCCAAAUUGUGCCGUGUGUCCAGUUUCCUAUAG